UGGAUUUCAGUUUGCUUGAGUGUGUGCCAUCUCUCAAAUGCAUUUCGGCUGCAUCAUUUUUCCCCUUAACAAAAAAUUGAAGUGACUGGAAUAAGAACUGAUAUGUACGAAGUGGUGUCUGCAGCUUCUGAACUGCGAGGGUAACUAUGGGAUUGUAGUAACAUAAAGAGGUUGCAGUUUUCCUUUAGGUGAAGGUUGACCUUUUAGUUGGAAGUUUAGUGAUCUGUGUCUGUGAAAUUAAUGAGGACUUUUCUGUUUCUUGCUGGGACAAAUGAGAAGCACAGGCCAUUGCUGUGCUCUGCUCUGAUUUCCAUGCUAACUAUGCUCUGUAUGUCCUUAAUUUCCAGUUUGUGAAAACAAUGAAGACUGUCCUCCUGGCUCCUUCCUCACACCGUUCCUCCAAGCUGUCUACCUCUUUGUGCAAUACAUCAUCAUGGUCAACUUGCUUAUUGCUUUCUUUAAUAAUGUUUAUUUUGAUUUGAAAUCCAUAUCAAACAAGCUCUGGAAGUACAACCGGUACCGCUACAUUAUGACCUACCAUGAGAAGCCAUGGCUGCCUCCACCAUUCAUCCUGCUGAGCCACAUCGGACUUCUUAUAAAUCGCAUCUUCCGCCAUCAGCCCCCAAAUGAGCUGGAUCAAGAGGAAGGCGAUGUUGGACUAAAACUCUACCUGAGUGAUGAGGAGUUAAAGAAACUUCAUGACUUUGAGCAACAGUGUGUGGAAAAAUAUUUUCAUGAAAAGAACGAAAGCCUGAAUUCCAGUGACAGUGAAAGGAUCCAUCUGACCACAGAAAGAGUGGAGGAGAUGUUUCUACAGCUUAAAGAGGUGCAUAAGAAGAUAUUUUUUAUCAAGGAAUCUUUACUCUCCCUGGACAGCCAGCUAGGACACUUGCAAGACUUGUCUGCCUUGACAGUGGACAUCCUGAAAGUCCUUUCUGCUGUAGACACCUUGCAGGUGGAAGAAGCCUUGCUGGUUGACACAAAACAUCAAACGUGUAGGAAGCUGCCACAUAGCUGGAGCAAUGCACUCUGUUCUGAGACCUUGAGCAGCCUGAAGUGUUUGUACGACAAGAAAUACCACUACUACAGCAUGCCACCCUCCCUCUUACGGAGCGUGGUAAGGAGUCCGGGUCCAUCAGAGUGCAAAGACCAUGUAUGGAGGUCUGAGAGUAACAAGGUGAUAGAAGACUACUCUCAAAAAGUAGAGAUAGGAGGUGACACAUCCACUUCAGGAGUAUCCUCUGAGACUAAGUCAACCCUUAGGUAUGGACAGUUUUUGCUGGUGCCCCCUGACCAUCAGGGAGGGUCUUUGUCUGAGGAUGUCACCUUAAAUUUCUCCUUUUUGAGCACUCCUGCCAAGUACAAGGAUGAAGUGGUCAGAGAUGACCUGCAAAGUAGCACUGUGAUGCAGCAAAAUUUGCCCAGUGUCAGCCUCAUUGGAAAAGAGACAGAAGAUUAUCAUUGGAGCCAGAAAGACUUUGCUGUUCAUUUGCCAUCAGAAAAGACUAGUGCUGUAGAGUCUGAUCAUCCUCUGGAUCUCAAGCCACCGCUGGAUAUUGAAGAGAGUGCAACAUCCCCCUGCAAUGAUGGGGAAGAAACUGAAGGUGGUUAUGUGAACUGGGGGUUCUCUGAAGGUGAUGAAAAAGGUGUUUUCAUCUCAGAUUCAAAGAAGAAAGCCAUGUACAUACAUUCCUCCUAUGACAGGGACAGUAAUUGCAAGAGUAGUCCUCCCAGGCAUGUCCAGUUAGUAGAAUCAAAGUCCUUCUCCUACAACUCUGACUGGUCACAUCACAGCAGCAGCAGCAUCUCUCACAACAUGCUGAAACGAAGCACCUCCUGGAUCAACCCACUCCGGAGGGACUGGAGUUUCUGCAGAAGCAAGAGCUUACAGUCCCCUAAGAAAGAGAGAUCAGGGAAAACCUGCAAGGCUAUAGGCGAGUCUUUACGAUCCAGUGAGCUACACCACAGUGAGGCAACAAAAGCAAAACAGCAAAACAGAGACAGAAAGCCUGGGAGAGGAAAGAAGAAUCAAAAACCCCUUCAGGUGCCGGUGAUUAGAGUGGAUGAUUGUCCCCAGAACACUCAAGUGAUCUCAGAGCCUGCAGAGAUCAAUGUCUGGGAUGAGCAAGAGAAACACAGCAAGAAUUGGCUCACCGUGUCUAAUUUCAGUCAGCUAAGUCUGGAACGUCUCAGUUUCACGCACCAGAAAAUGAAAAAUCAAGACAUCGGUAGGCAUACCAUACCAUUCUGUGAUUACCUGGGGCAUUCUCGAGAGGGUUUGAGUAAUAGAGUAUUUGGAAAUAUGAAGAAAAGUAAUCUGAACAGGAACUCCUCGUUGAGAGCUUCCGAGGAAACUGACAAUAUCUUUGCCUGCUUGAAAACAUCUCAAGAUUUGCAUCAUCACUACUCAGCUGUUGAAAGAAACAACUUAAUGAGACUUGCUCAGACUAUACCAUUUACACCAGUCCAGCUCUUUGCUGGAGAGGAAGUGACAGUCUAUCAGCUAGAAGAAAGUUCACCUAUGAACCUUGAUAAAAGCAUGUCUUCCUGGUCCCAGCGUGGUAUGGCUGCAAUGAUCCAAGUCUUGUCACGGGAGGAGAUGGAUGGGGGUCUGCGGAGGGCCAUGAAGGUCAUUUGUACUUGGUCUGAGAAUGAUGUAUUGAAGUUGGGACAAGUAUUUAUUGUGAAGUCUUUUCUGCCAGAGGUGGUUCAAACUUGGCAAAAGAUCUUUCACGAUGGCACAGUGUUACAUCUCUGCCUGAGGGAGAUCCAACAGCAAAGGGCUGCCCAGAAGUUAAUCUAUACCUUCAACCAAGUGAAGCCUCAUAGUAUUCCCUAUACUCCAAGGUUCCUGGAAGUUUUCCUCAUCUACCGCCAUUCAGUGAACCAGUGGCUGACCAUCGAGAAGUACAUGACUGGUGAAUUUCGGAAAUACAACAACAACAAUGGAGAUGAGAUUACUCCCAGCAGCUUGCUAGAAGAGUUGAUGCUGGCCUUCUCUCACUGGACCUAUGUGUACACCUGUGGGGAGCUCCUUGUCCUGGAUUUGCAAGGUGUUGGGGAAAACCUUACAGAUCCAUCAGUGAUUAAACCCGAAGACAAAAAAUCUGGAAAAAUGGUAUUCGGACCAGCAAACCUAGGAGAAGGUGCAAUAAGAAACUUCAUUGCAAAGCAUCAUUGUAACUCUUGCUGCAGGAGGCUGAAACUUCCUGAUUUGAGAAGAAGUGCCUACACAUUGGAAAUGGACAGUCCAGCCUUCGAAACAGAAAUGGAAACAAGCACCAGAGGAGCUGACAAUGCAGAUGAAACUUUGGAGUAUGACACACGACUAUGAAGCAGUGGCUCUGAGGAGAGCCCAUGUGUUUGCAUGCUUGAAAACCUGCCCAUUAUCACUGCCAAGGGGCAGUCCAAAAGCACAAAAUGCAGAUGUCUGAGUGGAGCAUCUAUCUGCCCUUGCUGUACACUAUAGGCAAGGAAUAAAAAAAUUAACUUUAUUUACUCCCUUUACAUGCUUUAUUGCUGGUCUUUCUUGUACAGGUCAAUGAAUUGCAAGGAGCAGGUCACCCCCUAGGUAGAUGAACUGUCCCAUCAGUGCCUUUAGUUUUUAAACGUGGAUUAUGGUUCCAAACUCUGCUUUCUUAGGAAAAUGACUUUGACAAGUUUAUUUCCAAGGGGGAGUAAUUUGUUGUUACUCUCUCUACUCUUUAGUAAAUAAACAAAUGCAUACACAUGUGCAAAUAAUUUAAUUUUAGAGUCAGAGCCCACUCAGCCCCUAUGCUCACUGUUCCUUGGGCAUAGAAGAAAAUUCCAGGAAAUUCCAGAAAUAUUCCUCUUAAUUGUUGAUUUUGAUGCAGACGCAAACCAGGAAUAUAUGAGUAAAUGAAUUAGUUGUUUAAAAAAUAGUCACUGAUAAAACAGGUAGACUGAAAAAAUUUGUAGAAACUUCACCUUGAAUUCUUUUCACAUACCAAAAAAAAUGAACAAUGAAGGGGCAGAUUACUGGACCCUCGAGCAUCAUUGACAUUUCUCAUUCUGAGCUGAUGAAGUAGAUAAAUCUAUGAUCUUUAUACAAGCGUAAAGAAUUAUCUUGAAUGUGAUUUGACUUUUAGGACUUGCCUUUCUUUAUAUUAUUUUAGCUUCUGAAUGUUUUAAAGUUGCAAUUGGAACAAAGAUUUUAGAAGUCACAAAAAAUGGUAUGUUCCAUUUGGCAUUAAACUUGUCAAUGUCAGGUUUUACAUAGGACUGUUAUCUAACAGUGGUGCAGUUAUAUUUGGCAGCAUCUACAUCUGUUUCUAUUGUUGUCCUCUGAUUUUAAUUGAAGUUCAGAAAGCAGAAAAAUCAAUUAUGUGCAAUAUGAUUUUUGUAGAAAAAAGACUGAAAAGAAGUGCUCAGCAGAAAUUCUUCUAAUACAACUGGUGUUUUAUUACAGAUCACAGGUAUAAUUAAAGCAACUUUGUACUUUUUUAUUGAGUAGAAACACCUAAUGUUCAAAUGUCAGUCACUAGAAAACUUUAUGCUUGAAUAAGAAACAAAAUCAUAUUUCUAUCACAGCUGACAGCAAAUUUUAAUAUGUAAGGGGACUUUUUGUUAUGAUCUGUGAUUACUUUGGUGUAUUUAGUGUCUACAUAUACAUGGGAUUUGGAAAUUACAUAUUUCCAGGUUUUAUAUCGAUUAUGAUAUUAAUGAUGGCAUUGAACACUAUGUUUAGCUGAGAUGCCUGCAGUUUCUGAAAAUGUUCAGAAGAGAUUCCUAUUGCUUUUUUUCUUCUUUGUGAAAAUAGCUUUUUAUAAGAUAAUUUUAAUGGAACCCUCCACAUUUUCCCCUAUUAGAUUAUACUUUUCAUUUUGCAAAAUAUAUGUUUUUCUUUAGCCUUUUUUUGGAAGCAAGUCAAUCUAUCAGAAGACUUAGCUUGUCUGUGAAAGAAAUAGUUUAAUUGCAUCUCUGUAGACUUAUGGUGAAUUUUGGUCCCUUUGCUCAUAAGGUAGUAGUUCUGAUUCCCAUGGUUAUCACCUUAAAAUCUAACUUCAGGGAGAUAUGUUCUUACAUGCAUACAUAUAUACUUUAAAGACAGAACUUUCACUAAAGAGUCUCUAACUGUUAAUAUGCCUUUAAAUUCAGUUAAGUUAAAUGACACAUAAAUACAUCUUUAAAGUCAAGGAUGAUUUAACUCCUGCCCUGAUAGUGUUACUUUCCUCAAACAUGACCUUAAAUUCUGAACACAUAUAUACUAGACACAAAAAAUAAACUCUCCACCAGACUGGGCAUGAGCACCUUUCUUUUCUUUUUAAGUUUUGAAGGUAUACACAAACCACACUUCAGAUGAUCUUUUCUUGGCAACUCUCCUGUUGCCUUUAACAGUGAGUGGCUUCUGCAUUCAUAGUAAUAUUUGUGAGAAUUCUUACGACGUAGCUCAGUGUAGAUUACUUAUUCCUUCUUGUAGGAAUCUGUCAAGAUACAUAUUACCUUCCACUGAAAUAGGGGAUCCUUGCAAGGUAAUAAUCUGUGUUACAGUAUAGUUUAGCUAUACAGUAUUUAUACCUGUACAGUAUAGUACAGGUAUAAAUAUGAUUGCUUUAAUUUUGUUCACUGUGAAGUAUUAAGGGGAUGAAACAAGAAAAGGAGGCAUUGCAAAGUCUUCCACUGUGUAUUUGUAUCCUAGUUUUUCCAUGCAUGGAGACACUAAGUUGAAAAAGUCCAGUGAUUCUGCUGGUUAAUAAAUUAUGCUUCACCUUUCUUUUUGCAUUUUUUGGAAGGGCUGAUUCACAUUUCACUAAAGUGUAGAUUUGAGUAUUUGGUUAAAGACCACCCUCCCCUCCCAACUGAUAGUUCAGUAAUAAAUUAUAAUGAAAAUAAUUUGAAAAAAAUAUUUUUAUUUCUUUUGAGUCUUUGGUGUCUUUCUUUCUACAAAUCCUGUAGAUUCUUUAAAUUGUUUUUUGGUGUCCAAAUAGUGACCUUGGAUUGGAGCCCAUGCCCACUGAACACAUGAAAAACUCCCAGCCUUUAAUGGGAAAAGCAACAAGCCCCACCCACUAAAACUGUGGUAUAUGUGGAAGGAAAAGUAUGGAGGUCAGGGGUUUUCUUGCAGCUGCUUGACAACCAGUAAGGAAGAGGAAAACUUGUGUGUCAAACCGUAGGAUUUUCUGAUUAUUAGUUUCAAUGUUUGUUGAUGCUAGAAAGCACAUACAGAAAUUUAUUUUAUACUUCUGGUGGGUUCAGGAAAAAAAAAAGACCUGUUUACUUAGUUCAGAUAAAUUAGGCAGUAAAGUUUUGAAAAAACAAAACAAAAUAAGUCAAAACCACUGGAGUAUUUAUAUGCUCACAUUUUAAUAUAAGCUUAAAAGAGCUUACUUGGGAAUUCACUUGGGAUUAUUCAAAGCAAAAUAUGUUUCUGGCAUCUACUGCACUGGAGAUAUAGCUUAAACACAUGAAAAAUUUUCAGAAAUUGAAAACCUCAUACUCAGGAAGGCUUUUUUAAAAAUUGUGGUGUAUUUGAGGUUAUUCAUUUAUUGUUAGUAUAAUAAAGUCAAAAGGGAUAUUACAUCUGUAUUUUCUAGAAGUGGAUUUGUAUUUGUUGUGGUUUUGUCAAUCUAUUUCAUACUGUUUCAAAAGAAUAAAAGAACAUUUUCAAAAUGUUUCUGUUUCUUGAUAGGUAUAGAAUGAAAUAAUAUGUUUCUGAGCACUAGGGGAAACAGGUGAAAGUAACAUACAGAAAAUAAGUCAAUUAUUUUUAUUUUAAUCUCAGGGAGCUGAUAUAAAAGAACAGCAUUCCAUGAACUUCAUUGUCAGAUCUGUUAUUUUACAUCAUCUACAUUUUACAUCUGUUUUACAUUGUUAGGAUGCUGAUGCCAGUCCCUUUUUGCUGAAAAAUUGUUCCCAGAGAUAAAUAAAAGCCUGUCUGGAGUGUCCUGGGCCUUCCCAUCAACUGUGGUCACAGCAGAGUUGUCAACUCUUACCUUUUUACUAGACCAUUUGCAAGAUCUCUUAUCGCUUUUCAGCUUUUCUUUAGUGUAUUUGUCAUACUUCAAAUUAUUCUGGAAGAGAGUUUGAUAUCCUAAUUUAUGAUACCUAUUGCUGGGGAAGAAAAAUUUCAAACUAAAAUCAAGCAAAAGUUAUUUUUCUCUUUGUUAUUGGAGUGUGUAAACAGCUGUAAUGCUCUGUUCAUUUACCUGCCUGGCAUUGGUUCUGUUUGUAGGGACAGAACAAAUAAACCAGUGUUUUAAAAUAA